UAGUAUCCUAAGAGAAAGCUUUAUUCAGAAAACACCAGCGCCUCUUUUCUUAUUGAAGCAUACCUAUAAUAUAUUUCCUAAAAUGUCCGAGCUAUUCGGAGAGAAAUUAGUGUUCCGACCCACACUCGGCUUAGUUCACAGCAUCUGGUCUACAGGGAAAACCAAAUUUGUCUGACGGCUUGAGUUCAAUGUGUAUGAGAGAGAAGUGAGAAGACGUGUGUAUCAAGACAUGUUAGAAAGAGACUCGCAAUGGUAACGCAGGAGGCCGUGGGAUCUACCGCGUUGCCAAUAUGUUACACCACAAAAUGUUCGUACUGGCUUCUUCGUUUGUUCGAACAUUUAAUUUAAUAUUUUGUUUCCAUUUUGAUGAUAAUUAUUUAUUUCAAUUUUGAUGGGACUUUUAAUUUACUUUAGAAUUAUCUUUUAUUUCCACCGGUGAAGAUAAAAUCAACACAUCCUGAAUUAUUGUUACUUUUUGCAACUGCGAGUGGUGGUAAAAUGUCAAAAAUACCAUUACGCAAUACAAAUUAUCACUGCCUCCGUGUAAGCACGUGAAAACCAUUUCGAAGCAGGACGACACUUCCCUAGGAGCGCUAGAUUGGUACUGAAUAAAAUUGCUUAACUAUGAUCAUGGAGGUGGAAACUUUGCCUUGAAAUGUACAAGAUGCGGUGUUAUCAAACGAACCAAUGACGCAAUGUUGCAGAAUUUGUGGCGAUCCUGACCUUUCAUUUGGACCUAAAAUGGAGCGACACAAUGCACAAUUCAAGCAUGGGUACUCUCAAAAUAAAACUACUAUUUAUAUUUAAUACAAGGAACUGCUGUAACAUAUUGGCAACGCGGGAGAUUGCGCGUCAGCGUUACUAGGCAACGUGGCGAUGAGCUUCGCUAUCCAGGCGGCUUCUAUCUCUUUCUGAAAUAUGCACACUUCUCUCUCGUACACAUUGAACUCAAGCUAUCAGAUAAAUUUGGUUUUCAGUGUAUAUCCUUCGUAAGGCGCUAACAGAUAAAGGUCCGCAUAACAAGAAGCAACGUGUAUGAGCUAUUUUGCACAUUAUUAAUUUCUGUCAAUACUUAUUUUAAGUUGUCAGUUUCUUAGGGGGGUGGUUCACCUCCUGAAGUAGAUGUCAUUGAUAUUGAUAAGUGGUCGAAGAAUUAUUCUAAAUAUUCCAAAUAUUAUUUGGAGGAGCUGAGCCUAAUUGAGGUUUUAAUGCUACAGAAGCAUAUGGGCCUACUCAGAUCGCCGUUAGGAAAAGCUGAAGAGCAGGUGAGGUUGGGCUCAGAUUUUAGGCCCCUAUUGAGUUGGGCCCCUGGGUACGCGUCCCUUGUUUCCAUGGGGUAAAGACGGAAUAGUGCAGAUCUGCUUGUUAGCAAGAGAAGUCGAAUAUUCAAAGUUGCUAGUCAAAGUUCUUCAAGGGAUUCAAAAUACUUAAAUGAAUCAUCUCGAACUACUUUGAAAUAUGAAUUAUCAUGUACAAGGUCGGAAUAAGAGUGGAACUAUAUACUUUUCUGGAAAUUUCGGCCACCACACGGUGUUUUUAAAAGUGAGCAAAACGACAAAGACAAUAUAUUUUAUAUUUAUCUGUCCUCCAGGAGACUACGCAUAAAAAUAAGAGUAUUUCAACUAGUGAACCACCCUCUGGCUUCUCGAGUGUCUUGGGGGUAUGCAUCGUUUACUGGGAACUGUGGUACUAUUUGUCCUGUAUAAGGUUGAUUCAUAGUAAACACGUAUUCCUUUUAGACACUUUGUACAUCUAUAUUGGAUAUUUCAAGAGUAUGUAAAAGAUGAUGAAAAGGAAGUAUUAUGCAAGAACCAGUUGGAGAAGAAGAUACAAAAUAUUAUCUCUUUUGUUUGCCCUUAAAAUAUCAAUCAUAGAUGUACAAAGCUUAUUAAUGUUUAUUGAGUGUUUUAUUCUCUUUGCUACUGUGUAUUAUGUGCACGAGAGGUGAUAUAUUCAAGAAUAUGCGGCCACGAAUUGAGUAACAGCUUUCCAACAAGCCUAAAAAUUUGAUAACAAAGUGUACUUAAGUAAUUACGUGUGAUGUUUUUUUCAUAUUUAAGAGAACCUAUUGCAGCAACUACUUUAAGCAUCUCAAAAAUAUACAGUGUUUCUUAACAACUGUCUAAUGAAUAUUUCUCAGAACAUUUUCUUAAGUGUUAUAAAAACAAAAAGUGCAUAUAAAUAUGUGUCCGCAAGCCUUUCGUCUCCGGGUGUCGAAGUUAUUAUUUCGAAAUAGAAGAAAAUUAUAUAUUCGGAGUGGGUGUUGACUUGAAAUACGAGUAUAUGUAAUACUUGGCAGCAUCCUACCCACCGACAAUUUAUUUGAAUAUUUGUGGUAAAAGCCGUGUUAGAUACUCCAUCCUAUUCUAGUUUGAAAAUACGCUGAAGUUAGUGAAGUUUGACAUUAACAUUCCUGUUCUGAACAAUAUUCAUAUUUUGCCCUUAUCCAGUCAGUGGCGUAGACAUUUACAACAAAGGAACGUCUUGCAAACCUACGUUUAUAUGAAGUUCUUGCCUCAAAAAUGCAUAUUAAAUCAUCCUGUGAACUAUUGGAAAUUUGUUAAGAAACACUAUAUAAUAGCUUGCCAAGGGAAAAAGGGUUGACUAACUCCUUGCAUCAAUGCUACAGCGCCGGUGUAAAACCACCACACCCAAAAGUUCAAAUAAUAUGCGAUUCGGCACCUUUAAACUAUUCGCUUCAAAUUCGUUGAUUUUAUAGUUUUCAAUGUUUUAGAUGGAAAAAAUAUUUAGCCAUGCGUGGAAAGGCAAAAGAGGUAUGGACAGCAGCGAAAACCUGGACCAGGUCACCCCCAUUUCAGAGCAAUACGUUGACGAUGAACAAGGCUUACAAAGAAAACACGUUGUGGACACAACACUCAUCAUUCACUUCUUCGGACCAAAAGGAAAAAACGAAUUGAACUUCGAAAGCUUUAAGAAGUUCAUGCUGCAUCUUCAAACCGAAGUUUUAGAAUUAGAAUUUAACGAGUUCUCUAAAGGCCUUCCAACUAUCUCCGAGGUAGAUUUUGCAAGGAUCCUCUUGAGGUACACGUACCUGAAACCUGCUGAAUAUGAUAUGUACUUGGAAAGGCUGAUGGACAGAAUAAAGGAAAGCAUAGGAAUUUCUUUCGAAGAAUUUGUUGUUUUCUGCCAAUUUUUAAACAACUUGGAUGAUUUUAGUAUUGCCAUGCGCAUGUAUACCUUGGCAGACCACCCCAUAUCGAAAGAUGAAUUCCGACGAGCAGUAAAAAUAUGUACAGGAACAAACUUAACUCCUCAUCUGGUACAUACUGUAUUUGCAAUUUUUGAUGUCGACGGAGAUGGUUUAUUGAGUUACAGAGAAUUUAUCGCUAUUAUGAAGGAUAGACUACAUAGAGGUUUCAAGUCCUACUACACGAAAAAUGAAGGCUGGUCAGGAUUCAAAACUUGUCUGAAACAGGAGAUGAGACACUCCAUGUAACCGGCCAUUCUCCCAACCCACGACGGAUGACUGGAUCUUCUUACAGCGUUUUUGUUCCUUGUUUAUAGUUUUGUGUAUAUACAUACAUUCUAUAUUUAUUAUAUUCUAAGUUAAUAAACUUGAGUUGAUUCUACA